AUGGAUAUUUGGUCAUGGAUAUGCGACCUCCCCGACUUGGACGACUGGUCCGAAUCACCUGUAUUCGAACUCGCCUGUUCAGGCCAAGCUGAUCAGGACAGUUCGACUCGGUCUGUUCAUUUAAGAGCUGACCGGACUUCUGGGUCGGAAUUGGAAGCUGCCGUGAUUUUCACCGUUUGCUUGCAGGGGUUUCCCCCGCUCAACGCUGGAAAACCUCUCUGGGUCUCUGAGAAAUGUCACCUUUCCAGAGAAAACCCAUUCCUUCCUCUGAUUGUACAGCUUGUUCACGAGAUCAUAGCACUCUUCCCCAAGGCGCCAAACAGUAUGUGCCCAAGGGCACAGCUCCAGAAGCUCAAACCUAAGCCUAUCGCAUGGGUCAUGGACUCUUACUCCCCCGAAUCCUUCUUCACCUUCUUCAACCCCGUCUUCUUCUUACGCCUCUUCUGGCUCUGCGCCUGCGACGCCCCCAACGAAGUUGGCUCUCUCUAUUUUCAAUCAUUGCUACCUUCGGCGCUCGAAAUCGUCUCGUCUAACCCGUCGCCGGUUCUGCGAACUUUCUUAAUCACCAUCGGCGUAGACACAGAGUUAUGCUUCAUGCGCACCCUCGGGUACAUAGUGGCCAAAUGGUGCAUUUUCAGAGAGCUAGGCGUGGGAUAA